AUGCAACCGUCGGUCAGAAUUCGUGCGCGAGCACGCCCGGAUAUAUAUGCGGCGGCGCACUGGGUCCAACAGAAUAGGGCCCAGUUUACUAGUCCUGUCUUCUUGCCAAUAUACAUGGAAAUAAUAAUAAAAGAAGACAGACCUUCACCUGCCAAACCAUCGAAGAUUACAACCUCUUUAAGAGGGAAGCACAAAAUUGCGCGUCAACGUGAUGUGGUGCGGCAGCCAAACUCUGGAGGAGUACAACCACUCCAAGAGUUACAACGGCAUGGUGUGGACUGUUACUUCUGGAUCAAAUUGAGGGUUCUUCGCGAUUAUUUGAAAUAUUCGUUCGGUGGGGGGAUUCUUUAA